GCUCAUGCAAGCAAAGACCUGGAAGAGCAGUUGCGGUCUGUGUCCAGUGUGGAUGAACUCAUGACAGUACUUUAUCCAGAAUACUGGAAAAUGUUCAAAUGUCAGUUGAGGAAAGGAGGUUGGCAACACAACAGGGAACACUCCAGUUUUGACACAAGAUCAGAUGAUUCCCUGAAAUUUGCCGCAGCACACUAUAAUGCAGAGAUCCUGAAAAGUAUUGAUACUGAAUGGAGAAAAACUCAAUGCAUGCCACGUGAAGUGUGUGUGGAUGUGGGAAAAGAGUUUGGAGCAACUACAAACACCUUCUUUAAACCCCCAUGUGUAUCCAUCUACAGAUGUGGAGGUUGCUGCAAUAGUGAAGGACUCCAGUGUAUGAAUAUCAGCACAAGUUACAUCAGCAAGACA